UUGCCCUUUUUCUAUGCUCCUAUACUUUGAUUGUUUAUAGUUUCUUUCUGGGCAUUGAGAUAUCUAUUUUCUGAUUUUGAACACCAUAUUCAGACAUAUUUUCCUUCUCAAACUUCAUCAUGUUGUCCUUACCUUCAACUUCAUCAUCUAUUUCUAGAAAGAAAUAUGAUGUUUUCUUGAGUUUCAGAGGUGAAGAUACCCACAAAAACUUCACAUAUCAUCUCUACGGUGCUCUGAAACGGAGUGGAAUUGUCACUUUCAUGGAUGAUCCAAAGCUGGAGGCCGGCGAAGAGAUCCCACCACAACUCGUCAGAGCCAUUCAACAAUCGUGGUGCUCGGUAAUAGGUUUCUCGGAAACCUAUACCUUUUCAGGUUGGUGCUUGGAGGAGCUUGUCGAGAUUGUUAAACAGAAAAAUAAGAAAGGACAUAAAGUGUUUCCAAUUUUCUACAAUGUGAAUCCAUCUGAUUUAAGAAAACAGAAAGAAAAAGUUGGAGAAGCCUUUACCAAACAUGAAGACAGGUACAAGGAAGAUAAAGAAAAGAUUCUAAGGUGGCGAAAUGCUUUGACUCAAGUGGCUAACAUCAAAGGAUGGCAUUUAAAUAACGGGCAUGAACCUGAAUUUAUUGGAAACAUUGUUAGAAAAAUAUCAGCAAAAUUAUGUCAAACAUAUCCAGUUUUUCAUGAUGAGUUGGUUGGAAUCAGUUCACGCUUGGAGGAGUUGUAUUCAAAAAUAGAGAUCUGGGAAGACAACAUCCGUAUCAUAGGAAUUUGCGGAAUGGGUGGCAUCGGUAAAACAACUCUCGCAAGAGUUGUAUACGACCAAAUGUCAUCUCAUUUUGAAGGUAAAUGCUUCAUUGCUGACGUUCGAGAAGUUUCAGAAAAAUUUGGACUCGUUUCUCUACAUAAACAACUUCUUUUCCAGAUCUUGUCUGGUGAAGUCUUCAAAAUUUUCAAUGUUCAUGAAGGGAAUGCCAUAAUUAGCUGCAGAUUAUCCAACAAAAAGGUCCUUGUUGUGAUUGAUGAUGUGGAUAAUUUACAGCACUUGAAAUGCUUGGUUGGAAGGCAUGAUUGGUUCAGUUUAGGGAGUAGAAUCAUUAUAACAACAAGAGAUGAACACUUGCUCCAAUCUUACCUAGUUGAUGAUGUGUAUAAGCCUUCAACAUUGAAUGAAAACGAGACACUUCAACUUUUCAGUUUGAAAGCUUUUGAUAGUGAGACAGCACCAAAUUAUGUUUUCAUGGAGCUUUCUGAACAUGUUGCAAAAUAUGCCAGUGGUCUCCCCUUAGCUCUUGAAGUCUUGGGUUCUUUUUUAUGCGGUAGAGAUGUAGCUCAAUGGAGAAGUGCAAUCCAAAGACUUGAAAAGGAUUCUAACAAAAAGAUUAUUGACAGACUGCAAAUUAGCUUUGACGGAUUGGAAGAAACGGAGAAGAACAUAUUUCUAGCCAUAACAUGCUUCUUCAAUGGGGACGAGAAAGAUUUUGUAAUGAAAGUAUUGGAUGGCUGUGAGUUUUUCCCGGAUAUUGGAAUCGAUGUUCUCAUUAAGAAGUCUCUACUAACAGUUGACAAUUACUCCGCUGCAGGUGGAGCAUACAACAAAACAGGUGGAGUUUCAGCAGAUGAUGAUCCUAGAAACGAAAAUAACAAAUUGUGGAUGCAUAACUUACUACAAGAAAUGGGAAGAAAAAUUGUUCGGGAAAAAUCUAUUGAGGAGCCUGGAAAACGUUGUAGAUUGUGGGAGGAAAAGGAUGUAUAUCAUGUGCUAACGAAAAACACUGCUACGGAAGUGAUUGAAGGCAUGAUCAUUGACAAUAAAAGGAUAUCCAACAAGAUGCUCAAUUUGAAUGUUAAUGCUAUCUCGAAGAUGAAAAAUUUGAGAUUGCUCAAAGUCCUUUGCCUCUCAAAUUGUGAUGAACUCAAAUAUCUUCCUAAUGAGUUACGGCUCUUAGAUUGGAUGGGAUAUCCUUUAAGAUUCUUACCUCCAAGGUUCCAACCAGACAACCUGGUUGCACUUCUGCUACCAUACAGUCGCAUUGAACAACUAUGGAGGGGAAAUAUACCCCUGUAUAAGUUGAAUGUGCUCAACCUCAAAGGGUCCGAAAACCUGAUCAAGACACCAGACUUUACAACAGCCCCAAAUCUGGAAAUUUUGAUAUUGGAAGGUUGUACAAGAAUAGUAGAUGUUCAUCCAUCAGUCGGAGUUCUUUCGAGGCUUAAACUUCUGAAUUUAAGAAGCUGCAGAAGUCUUAGGAAUCUUCCAACCAAAAUUGGAAUAGAAUCUCUUGAAACAUUAAUCCUAAAAGAUUGUAGAAACCUUAUUAGUCUCCCAAGGAGCAUAGGUGGGUGUAAAUGUCUAAAAUCUCUCGAUCUUUCGGGCUGUUAUAAAGUUGAAAAUUUGCCAGAGAAUUUGCAGCAAGUAGAGUUGUUGGAAGAGCUCGACUUAAGUGAAACAGCCAUAGCAAAACCACCAUCCUUCAUUUUUCAACUUAAAAAUCUUAAAGUUUUGUCUUUGAAUAGGCUCAAGGGACCAUCUUCUAAGUUAGGACCAAAUCUAACUUCUCUUUUCCAGGUAUUCCAAAGGAUAGAGUCUGUGCCUCUGAUGUUACAUUCAUUGUCAGGUUUGAGAUCAUUAAGAGAGCUGAAACUAAGGAACUGCAAUUUACAUGAUGGAGAUAUUCCUAGUGAUAUUUCUUGUUUAUCCUCUCUGGAAAAACUUGACCUUGGCGGCAACAGUUUCAUCAGCAUACCUGUGAUUGGUAGUGGACAUUCCAGGCUUCAAUAUCUUGGAUUGUCAAAUUGCAGGGAGCUUAAAUCGUUUCCUAUACCUGGUGCUUCUCGAGAAUUAUUUGCAGCUCCAUCAAAGGUUUGCAAUGCACCGGAUUGGACACAGUUUUCUGUCCUUCACUGCUACAGAUUGGUUGAGAAUAUCAAUGCAAUAACAAUGCUGAAAUUCCAUCUUAAGGCAAUUGCAUGUUUAAGAAAAAGUUUUGAUGUUGUUAUGCCCGGAGGUGAAAUCCCAAAAUGGUUCAGCCAUCAAACAGUUGGCUCUUCAAUCAAGAUACCAUUGCCUAACAAUAUUCAGAAUGAUAGUCAAUGGAUCGGAGUUGCUUUCUGCUGCAUUUUUGUCAAUGAUGAUGCUUCAAGGGAUGAGGAACUCACAUGUGAUGCUGUUAUCCAUCAUAGGAAUUCUGGACAAGCUGAUUCUGAUGGAUCUGGUUUUCGGGGUAGAAAUCCUCGACGUGUCUCAGGAGACGGCUGGAUUUUUUCUAAAGAAUAUAACCAGCCCAUAAUAAAGGACCACCUUUAUUGUUGUUUUUUGUUCCGUGACAGAUUAUAUCCAUUUUCCUUAGAGGAUAAAUGUGGUGAAAGUGAAACUGAGAAUUCAUCAACAUUGGAUUGCUCAAAUCAGGAAUUCGAUGAACUCCAGUUUUCAGUCACAUCCGAUGAUAGUCACAUAAGUGUUAAGGUGAACAAAUGUGGGCUUCAAAUAGUUUAUCAGAAAGAUUUGGAAGAUAUCAAUGAAGAUUAA